GCAGUGCAAGUUAACAUGGCACCUGAAAUCCGUUAUACUAAGCUUUUCAUCAACAACGAGUGGGUGGACUCGAUAAGCGGCAAAACCUUCGACACCUAUAACCCUCACGAUGGUUCCGUUAUAGCUAAAGUAUCCGAGGGUGAUAAGGCGGACAUCGACCUAGCAGUAGCCGCUGCAAAGAAAGCCUUCGCCAGAAAUUCAGAAUGGCGCCUUAUGGACGCGCGGCAACGUGGAAAGAUCCUGAAUAGAUUUGCAGAUCUGGUUCAGGAAGAGGCCAGUUAUCUUGCAGAACUAGAGAGCUACAACAAUGGCAUGUUGUUGCAAUUAAGUAGCAGACUAACAAGCAAUGCGGUAGAUGGAAUCAGAUAUACUGCAAGUUUAGCGGACAAAAUUGAAGGCAGCACAAUCCCGGCUGAUGGAGAUGUAUUUUGCUACACCCUGAAGCAACCCGUGGGAGUAUGUGGUCUCAUCUUACCCUGGAAUGUACCAAUCCUCAUGUUCCUCAAUAAAGUCGUAACUGCGUUAGCUGCAGGUUGUACAACAGUCGUAAAGCCAGCUGAACAAACGCCCCUCACCGCCCUGUAUCUGGCAUCGCUUCUCCAGAAAGCGGGAGUGCCUGCUGGUGUGGUGAACAUCGUCAAUGGCUACGGGGAGACCGCUGGAGUUGCCCUAACCCACCACCCUGAUGUCGCCAAGAUUUCCUUCACUGGCUCGCUUGAAGUUGGCAAGUUGAUCCAACAAGCUGCUGGUGCCAAUAAUUUGAAACGAAUCACUCUGGAGUUGGGAGGGAAAAGCCCGCUUGUCAUCAUGAAUGACGCUGACUUGGCCACAGCCAUUCGAUUCGCAGCACUUGGUGUGUUCACACAUCAGGGUCAAAUAUGUAUCGCAGCAUCCCGUCUCUUCGUGCAGUCUGGUAUCUAUGACCAGUUCGUGAAGGGCGCCGUUGAAGUUGCUAAGACCUUGAAAAUCGGAAAUCCCUUCGACUCUCAAUCUCAGCAUGGACCUCAGAUUGACGAGGGUAUGAUGAAGAAGGUGCUAGGUUACAUUGAGAAGGGCAAGCAGGAGGGAGCCAAACUCCUGGUCGGCGGUAAGCAGGCUGGCAGCAAGGGUUACUACAUCGAACCUACUGUCUUUGCUGACGUCCAAGAUGACAUGACCAUUGCUAAAGAGGAAAUCUUCGGCCCAGUGCAAAGCAUCCUGAAGUUUGAAACAUUGGAUGAGGUGAUUGACCGCGCGAACGCAACCAACUAUGGUCUCGCAGCUGGUAUCUUCACCACCAACGUGAACAACGCCAUUCAGUUCGCUAAUAAUGUUGAAGCUGGUGUUGUUUGGGUUAAUAAUUAUAUGGGGGGAGGUGGGCAAGCGCCUUUCGGUGGUUUCAAGGAAUCUGGAAUUGGACGCGAAGGAGGAAAACACGGUGUAGAUGAAUACCUUGAAGUGAAGACUGUGACAAUUUCUGUACCAAAGAAAGUUUCAAACUAGAACAUAUGUUCUAUGAUUUAUAAAGAUGAAUUAAAAUGUUGUUUUUA